CGCGCUCCUGUGUACGUGGCUCCGGGCGCCCUCCUGGCUGGGGCCGUGCUGGGCGCCGCCAGCGCCGCUGUCCGGGGCAGGGUCUGCGGGGAUCCCCAGCGGGGUUUGUGAGCGGGAGCUCGGCGUGCGGCCCGAGGGGCGGGGGAGCCCGGCAGUCCUGGGCGCGAUGGUGUGGGAGCCACGGUGGGGUCGGUGCCUCUGGGAUGUGCCGCCCUGCGGGUCCGUUCCGGGAGCAGGGGUGUCCCGAGGGGCGGCCGGCCGGGCUGGGCAGCGGCUGCAGAAGGCCCUGCGCAGGGGGCAGCGGCUGCUCAGCGCCCGCGGCUGCCGAUGCGGGCCCCUCCCUGCGCUGUAGCCUCCUGCUGUCCCAGCACGGCCCCGCGGGUGCUGCCGGUGCCCCGACCGGGCCGAGGUCCUGGUCCCAGUGCCACGUCCGUGUCCUUGCAGGCCCUGAGGAUGUCGGACGGGAUCCUGAGCAAGGCAGCCACCAUGGAGAUCCCCAUAAGCAGCAACGGGGACACCAGCAGCCUGCCCGAGGACGAUGGCCUGGAGCAGGACCUGCAGCAGGUGAUGGUGUCGGGACCCAACCUGAAUGAGACCAGCAUUGUGUCAGGCGGCUAUGGGGGCACAGCCGAGGGCAUCAUCCCCACGGGCACCAUCAAAGCCCCCCCGUUUCCAGGCUCUCUUGUCCACCCUCACCCCCCCCGAGGAGCGUCGGUGCCCCCCAGCGCGCCCGCUGCCCGCAGGAUGGCCCGCCCGGCCGCGGCUCCCGCAGGCCCUGGGCUGCACCCACCGCCCCCUGGACCCCCAGCCGGUGGAGAGGAGGUCGUGCGUGGCAUUGCUGUUGAGAAGUUUGACAUUGUCAAGAAGUGGGGGAUCAACACCUACAAGUGCACCAAGCAGCUGCUGUCGGAGCGGUUCGGCCGAGGGUCCCGCACGGUGGACCUGGAGCUGGAGACCCAGAUCGAGCUGCUGCGGGAGACCAAGCGCAAGUACGAGAGCGUCCUGCACCUGGCACGGGCACUCACGGCCCACCUCUACAGCCUCGUGCAGACCCAGCACGCCCUGGGCGACGCCUUUGCUGACCUCAGCCAGAAAUCCCCCGAGCUACAGGAGGAGUUUGGGUACAACGCAGAGACACAGAAGCUGCUCUGCAAGAACGGGGAGACGCUGCUGGGCGCUGUCAACUUCUUUGUGUCCAGCAUCAACACGCUGGUCAACAAGACCAUGGAGGACACGCUCAUGACAGUCAAGCAGUACGAGACAGCCAGGUUGGAGUAUGACGCAUACCGCACGGACCUGGAGGAGCUGAGCAUGGGCCCGCGCGACGCUGGCGCCGUCAGCCGCCUGGACGCCGCCCAGAGCCAGUUCCAGAGCCACAAGGACAAGUACGAGAAGCUGCGGGCAGACGUGGCCAUCAAGCUCAAAUUCUUGGAGGAGAACAAGAUCAAGGUGAUGCACAAGCAACUGCUGCUGUUCCACAAUGCCAUCUCUGCGUACUUUGCUGGGAACCAGCAGCAGCUUGAGCAGACCCUCAAGCAGUUCAACAUCAAGCUCAAGACCCCCGGCGCCGAGAAGCCCUCCUGGCUGGAGGAGCAGUGAGCCCCCGUGCCCCCCCGGAUGGAGGAGCACACAUGGACCUCAAUUGUGGCCGGGGGCUCGUGGGGGCCACAGCCCAGGCCUGUCUUGGAUGGGGGGGGGCCCCCAGGUGUGGGGAGCUGCCAGAGGGCUGGGUCCCCCCUCAUCCCACAGCCCCUCCUCAGGGCAGGGUGCAGCAGCUCCUCGGCACAGACCCCACACAGCAGACAGCUGGAGCCCCCCUGCCCCUGACACUCCCAAGGGGGCUGGCUGAGCUGCUGCCCCCAGACACCCCACUCACCCUGGGGUGAGCCAGGACCUUCCACUGUCCCCCCUCUGCCUCCCCAGGGCAGGAUGAGGGUGCACCCCUCCCAGGCCCACUGCCACUUCCCCCCAGGGAGCCCCCUGCCCUGUGGCACAGUGGAGCUGGGUGGGGGCAGCACCGGCACAGCCAGGCCCCCCUGUAUUGAGGAGGGGCUGUGGGGCUGCACCUGGCACUCAGGGGGCUCCUGCUCUGCCUGCCAGUGCUAGGGACACCCCAGCCCCCUCCAGGCCAUUCACAGGUUUUUCCAGCCUGGCUGCUCAUGCACUCCUGAUUCACAGGGGGCUGCACCCCCAAAGACCCCCCUGCUUCCCCAACCGGGGCUGUGGCACCCUGGGCUGGGCUGGUGAGGGGUCCCUGUGCCCUGCUGCUCGUGGCAGGGGGAGUCGCUGGCCAGGCAUAGGUCCCCUGGAACCCUGGGAGAGGACAGGGGGCUCCAAGCAGGGACCAAAGGUCAGUGGAGGCACAGGGGGUGCACGCGUAUCCAUGCGUGUCCGUGUGCGGGCACACGCGUGUCCCCGGACUGGGCACCUGUGCUGCACACGGGGGCUGGGGUCCCGGCCAGGGCCCACCCCCACCCCAUGAGGGGCCCCCCGCUACCCCCGCACUUGGGCACUUUCUCCUGAGACAAAACUGUUGGUUUUUCUUGCUCAUUAAUUUAACUCAUAAUUUAAUGUCGGGAUCCGACUUCCCCCUGCCCCGCCCUGGUGACGGUCUGACCCCCCAAGCCCCUGACUUCUGUAAAACCCCAAUAAAUGGUACAGAUCA